CUCGCCAAUCCUCCCAUGUGGCUAAAACCCUAACAAAACCCCCAGCCCCUGGUCCAGCCCUGUUACUCUUCGUCAGAACCCCAUUUCAAACAAAAACCAAACUAAAUUCCAGCACAAAAAUUGUCCGAUAACCAUGGAUGUAGUAAUAGCAUCGUCAUCGAUCGACGGCGGCAUCGGUUGCUGGGACCUGCAAACAGGGGCGGAGCAACUACGCUACAAGACUUGCGCCUCUCCUCCGCACGGCCUUGUCUCCGUAGGUCGCCGUUUCCUCGCCUCCUCUCAACUUCGCGACCCCUCCGCCACCUCCGGCCACGUCCUUUAUUGGUCUUGGUCCAAGCCUCAAGCAGAAGUUAAAAGCUUUCCCGCGGAACCGAUUAAACCGCUCGCUGCUGACAGCGAAGGUAGUUACAUUGUUGGUGGAGGUUCAUCCGGAGACAUCUACCUUUGGGAGGUUGCAACGGGUAGGUUGUUAAAGAAGUGGCACGCACAUUAUAGGGCAGUUACAUGCUUGGUUUUCUCUGAGGAUAAUUCGCUUGUCAUUUCUGGAUCAGACGAUGGAUGCGUUAGAGUUUGGUCACUUUUCUUGAUAUUUGAUGAUGUUAGAAGACAGCAGGCAAGUCAUCUCUAUGAGUAUAGUUUUACAGAACAUACUCUGUGUGUAACUGAUAUCAUCAUGGGUUAUGGUGGAGGCAGUGCAAUUAUUGUGUCGGCUUCUGAAGACCGGACAUGUAAGGUCUGGAGCUUAUCAAGGGGUAGGUUAUUAAGAAACAUUGUAUUUCCUUCCAUCAUUGAUGCAAUUGCUCUAGACCCUGGUGAACAUGUCUUCUAUGCUGGAAGUCGAGAUGGUAAAAUCUAUAUUGCUGCACUUAAUGCUGAAAGUUCGCCUAGCAACAGUUAUGGGUUGCACAUCAUCGGUUCAUUAUCUGAUCACAGUAAAGCUGUUACUUGCUUGGCAUAUAGUACAGAAAGAAAUUUGCUACUAUCCGGAUCAGAGGAUGGCAUGGUUCGAGUUUGGGAUGUGAAAACCCAAAACAUCAUUCGCAUGUUCAGACAUGCCAAAGGCCCUGUGAACAAUAUUCUCAUUGUUAGUCGUCCACUCUCCCUUGGUCGGGCAGAAUCAAAUGCGCAAGGUUUCUCAAGAAGGCAUGGAUCAUCACUCCCACCACCACUAGAAAAAUAUGCAAAUUCAACAGAUGAAGACAUGGAUAAUAAAGCUAUCAUUAAUCUCCCAGCUACUAGCAACCUUCCUACAGAUGCUUCAUACCUCAGUUCUCAGCUAAUCAAUGAUCACAUUAAAGAGCUUCAGCAACAAGGCUCUUCUGCUGCAGUUGAAAUGGAGGUGGAGAUACUGAAGCUUGAUUGCAAAAGAUCUAUGCCGAUGGUUCAGCAAUGGAAAAAAAAUUAUUACAACUUGCAAGAGUUCUGCGUCAAUGAGCUCUUAGAUGGGGAGCAAAUGGGAGGAUCUGAAGGGAACUCACCCUAACACAGUUUUCUUGUUAUGACCUCCCAAGAGAGAUUUCCCAUUCCCAUUUCGCUGUAUGGAUUCAACUUUCAAGUGGUAGGGCUGCGGGAAUCAAACCUAGCAUUUGGAUGGGUCCAGCAAUGGUGGCAUGCAGCAGAAGAUACCAAUAUUAUACUAGGAUAAUUUCAUUGUUUUCCUCUUCUUAAUAAUGAAGGGUCCAUGCAUCAGCUACUCAUGAAUAAUAUUUUUGAACCUUGUAGACUGUUAAUUCACUUGAUUCAAACUCGGGUUUCCAUGGA